AUGGCGGACCGGGAGCAGCUGCUGCAGAGAGCCCGCCUGGCGGAGCAGGCGGAGAGAUACGAGGACAUGGCAGCGGCUAUGAGAUCGGUGAGUGGGCACAGCCGGGGGGGGGCUGAUACCAGGCUGCAACAAAUAUACUGAUAGCUAUAAGACAAUAUCAUACAUAGCGGGCGGCUGGGCGGCUGCAGAUAUAGCAUUAAUAUUUAUAAAGCGCUGACAUAUUCCGCAGCGCUGUACAAUUUUAAGACUAACAGAAACGUAUUUUUAACACUGGAACAUUAGGUAUUGAGGGCCCUGAUUAAAGUACCUUACAUUCUAGAGUUUAAAUGAAUGCAUGAGAUUAGGAAUGUGGAAAUAUAGUAAAUAUUUUGUGGUUAAAAUAAAACUUUUUUUUUUCACUAUACAUAAGCAGUUCAGUGUAAUUUUUGUUUUUUCUGUAGGUAAUUGAUGUGAAGGGUUUCUGUGGCCAAGAUGGAAUGUGGUGAAUCAUUUUAUAUAGAUGUAUAUGUGAAAUUUUAAGUUAUCUGCGUUCACAUGUAUAUGGUGUUAGGUGUUGGGUGUUGUAUACCCAAGGCAUUUGUGGACAGUGUGUAGACACAGGGUGGAUGAUUGUGUACAGGGAUUGUGUGGUCUUGCAGAUUUUCAUGAUAAAUAUUGGGUGCUGGAUGCAGGGUUGGGUUAGACACACCUAAGGUUUGUUUUCUUACCUGCUGCUUUCUGUAAUUCAAUCCCUGGCUAUCUUUUUUUAAGGGCAAACACCACAGUUGGGUCACUGAAUUAGAACCAAACCUCUGACCUGCAUUACUGUACAUGUAUGUGUGAUUUGGCAUUUGCUUGUGUUAAAUGGCAGGAGUAGGUAUGCAUGUAUGUGACCACAUGGAAAAUGGUAGAAAAAAUCUUUUAUAAAUUGCUUGUGAAAUCUCAUACCAAGACAAAACCUGAUUGUGAUUCAUCACACCUAUGUGAUAUGUUCUAUAAACCUUAUUGUGGUGAAAACCUCUAGAAUUCUAAUGUUCAUUGUCUUCUGCGUACUGACAAAAUAAAAUGGCUUAGGAGCACAUACUGAAUAUGGUGCUCAGUUCCAUAUCAUUCUCCACAGUGUAAUUUUAGAUAAUUGCACCCAAGGCACUUGGCCUUUUGCAGAACAGAGUUUAGUUUUAUGAAGGUGUUUAAUAUGCCAACCCAUUUAUGUUUAUUUUUAUAGCACCAGUUUGCCUGAUAUUGCAACAUGCCAAUACCAUAAUGGAAACCGUAAGUGCAGUAGUAAUACAGGCACCACAUGCGUUAUUAUAUGUGCACAUUACGUUGGUGGAAAAGGGAAGCAUGUCGCUAAAUGGUGGAUGUGCAGUUUUGCCAAUCUGUUACGGUGUGCGUUAUUGAGGCUUUUAUAAUGACAAAAUUAUAAGGAGUUUCAAAUGCACGGGUGGCAAGGGGGAAUUGUGUAUAUUAUUCUCCAUACAGAUUGAUUGUGACUCAAAAUGUGAGCUGUGUGUAUAAGUCAUUGAAGAACGACAAAGCAGUGUAGAUUAUGGCCUUGUGUAUGUUUUUGUAAUGGGUGCGGUCAGCUUUAAGACUAAUGGCAAAGGUGGUUAAAAGCUUAGUGAAGAGUGCCUUUAUUUUGUGUGGAAGUGUUUAUAAGCUCUUUUUCAAAAUUCUUUUUUACUCAGGUAACAGAACUUAAUGAACCUCUGUCUAAUGAAGAUCGGAACUUGCUGUCUGUAGCAUACAAGAACGUAGUGGGCGCUCGGCGAUCUUCCUGGCGAGUCAUCAGCAGCAUUGAGCAGAAGACUUUAGCAGAUGGCAAUGAAAAGAAGCUUGAAAAAGUGAAGGCAUACAGGGAGAAAAUUGAGGCUGAGCUUGAAGGAGUAUGCAGUGAAGUGCUGUCUCUUCUAGACAAGUACCUCAUCAAAAACUGCAAUGAUUUUCAGUACGAGAGCAAAGUUUUCUAUUUGAAGAUGAAGGGCGACUACUACCGCUACCUGUCAGAGGUAGGUAAUGGAGAGAGGAAGAAAACUGUGACAGAUGCAUCAGAGGCUGCAUAUAAGGAAGCCUUUGAAAUAAGCAAGGAGCACAUGCAGCCCACACAUCCCAUUCGCCUCGGCUUGGCCCUCAACUUCUCAGUUUUCUACUACGAGAUACAGGGUACUCCAGAGCAGGCCUGUCUCCUUGCCAAGCAGGCCUUCGAUGAUGCAAUUGCUGAGUUGGACACACUAAAUGAAGACUCCUACAAGGACUCCACCCUCAUUAUGCAGCUGCUGCGUGACAACCUGACCUUGUGGACAAGUGACCAACAGGAUGAGGAGACUGGAGAAGGCAACAAUUAA